GGUUUUCUUCCGGAUCAACAAAUUGGGGGGGGGGGGGAUUUCCUAAAUUGGGAACUGAUUGCAGUACCGAAUUGGGGAGCUAUCUCUGUCUAGGUUUAGGUUUCAAACAGAUUGCUUAAGGGAAAUGGUGAUUGAAAAGCUUUUGGACAUGGAAGAAGAUUGCUUUCGUAUAAUUCCGUAGAUAGUGAUUCAAAAACUUGAGGAUUUAGUUGUUUUAAGCGAAAGGGUGUUUGGGGUUUUAGUGAUUUUUAUGUGGUUGAUCUCAAUUGGUGGAUGAUUUUGGCAUUGGGUUAUUGUUGGGAGAAGGAGGUGAUGAACUGAUGAUUCUUUAUUAUGCUGCUGAUAACAGAGAGGCUCAGAUUGUACUGGACUAUUUUUGUUUCUUGAAAACCCAUUUGGUUUGUCGUAGUUUUCUAGCUACAAUUCUUGGUCAAUAGAGCAUUUCUAUCUUGGGGCAUACUUGAUGUAGCUUAGGGUAAGACAAGAGUAGGUUUAGCAGUGAUUGGAGACCUUGCUGUGGUGAUUUUUGUCAUUUGAAGUGGUUUGUUUAGUGUUAGAUAGUUGAAUUGGGGUUACAUUUGAGGUUUGGGAGAUUAAAGAGCUUGGUGGGUUUAGGAACUUAUUUUGAUCUACCAAAAGAGGCUGGGGAGUUCAUGGGGCAACAUUGAACCUGGAAAUGUAUGUAGGGAUAUGGUGCAUGGAUAGGAGCAUAGUUACUGGUUGUUCCCUUUCCGGAACAUUGCUACCGGAAGAUAAUCCAAGUGUUUUUGCGUUCGGAAGGCAUUCUCGUUUCGUGUUCUGAACUUCUGUGAAAUGUCGCGUUGCUUUCCUUUCCCACCACCAGGAUAUGAUAAGAAGGCCAGCAGGACUGACGAUGUUGACUUGCUAAAUAAGGAGAAGCAAAAAGAGAAGAGUCAUAAGAAGGAGAAGAAGGACAAGGAAAAGGAGAAGAGAGAAAAGAAAGAAAAAAAAGAAAAAAGGGAGAAAGAUGGAAGCGAUGGGAAGCACAAGGAUAAGGACAAGAAAGACAAAAAGGAAAAACACAAGGACAGAGAAAAAAAGAAGGAAAAGGGACGAGAUAAAGAAAAAGAUAGAAGUGAUAAUUCAGAGGAAAAGAAAUUUCCUGGUCAUCCCGAUGGUCAAAAUGGGGAGAAGAUCUCAGAUGAUAAAAAAUUUCCUGGAAAAUCCGACAGUCACAGUGGGGAGAAGUUUAUGCAGAAAGAGAAGGGUAGGGAUACAGAUCGAAGCAGUUUUUCUGGUGAGAAGAAACUUGCUGGGCAUGUUUCAGGUUAUAAUGGGGAGAAAAAUGGCCAGAAUAGUUAUCUGGUUGAAGAUUUCCGGGAUUCUAAAUUGGUGCAGGAGUUGGUGGGGAGGGUCAGAGAUGAAGGUGCAGGAGCUGGAAGCCAAUUGGUGGAUAAGUUUAUGGUUAGUGACCGGAAAAAAGAUGAGGGAAUGGUCAGGUUUGUGGCUAAGACUGCUAAUAAAUUGGCUGACGAGAAGGAGGCAAUCAAGAAAAGCGACGAUAGGAAGUUCAAUGUGCAAGGAAUCAGGGAGGAGACGAGAGCUGGUGGAAAUGCUAUGGUUCCAAACCUUGCUGGAGCAGCUAAAGCUAGAGUUGAAGGGAUCCCCAAACAAGUGGAGAAUAAUGCCGAGAGGCAUGUGGAAGGGAAAGAAAAAAUCAAAGAAAAAGGUGAUGAUAAAAUCAGGGAUAAGUGCAAGGAGAAAGAAAGAGAGAAGAAAAGUCACGGGAAAGAUAAGGAUAGGGACAAAGCGAAGGAGGUGAAGUGA